GGUUUGCUGCUGGCCUGAGUACUUGCAGACUAGGACGAUACAUGUAAGCACCACCACGACGUAGAUAGCAAACAGAGUGAGGAAAUCCAUGUCUCAACUGGCAGCGUCAAAGACACAACACAACAGGUGGUUGUGUUACAAACUCACAACGAACAGGUGCUCCACACAAUGCAACAAGGCAUCACAAGUCACCUGUUGGAUCUGGUUGCCGACAUGGCCCGGCACUCAUAUUACAGCUCACAGUGCUGGAGAGGGGACCAUUACGCAGAAGCCCAGCGUGCACAUUUAUGGAUGCUGCUUAAAAAGUCCUCAGCAUGCCAUCGUCCAACCAGGGUUGGCCUGAGGAGUUUGGCUUCCAGCUGGGUGGGAAUGGACCCAGCUACAUCCUCUCUGUGGAGGAAGGCAGCAGCGCCCACCUAGCGGGGUUGCAGGCUGGGGACCAGGUCCUGGAGAUUGAGGGCCACAAUGUGUCAACUCUGGGUCCGCAAGCUGUCAUCGCCAUCGCUCAGACUCAGAAGAACAUCCCUCCCAGUAUCGGAGUGGUGUCUCGCAUACAGCAGAUGGACAUUAUACCAGGUCCAGACGGUCGUUUCGGGUUCACCAUCGUGGGAGACUGCCCCCUGCUGGUGGAGGACUGCUCGCCUUGCUCUCCAGCCGGCCGUGCAGGUCUUAGGGUUGGGGAUUAUGUAAUGGAGGUCAAUGGCAUCCCCGUCAGGCAGCACGAGACGGCCGCAGCGCUGAUCAAGGCCUCCCAGGGGAGGACACUCCGUUUGGGGGUGCUGUGCCUCGGGCCAAGGCAGAAACACAGCAUCAGCAUAGAGGAGAGUCAGAUGGGCGGAGAGGGGGCAAGACUGGACCGCAAACAUAAAGCUCUGGAGUUCAACAGGAAGGUGGAGCAGAUUUUAGGCGAUGAACCUGAAGUGAAAGAGAAACUCUUCACUGUGCUGAAGCAGUAUGCAGCUGAGAAGAGAGUUGAGUGGUUGGCCUCGGCCCUGACCAACAUACUCACCACGGAUGAGCAUCGACAGCUCAUCUCCAGCAUCAGAAUCUUCAUUCCCAAGAAGCACCGGCAGCGCUUCGACGACGCAGUCUCCCAGAAUGUGAUCAACCGGCUCUGCCGCAGCAAGAGCAUCAGCGAGCCGCAGGGCAGACUCCGGCGCAGUCGGAGCGAGGAUCACUCCGAUCGCCACCACGGGUCCAAACGGGCCAGCUCAGUGCCCAGAGAUGGAGAACCAGGAGGGAGGGGUGAAGCAGAGAGAGAGAGGGGCUUAAGGAAGUCCGUCUCUGGGAUACCUGCGCAUCCCCCCAUCGGACCCAAUCAGAGGAUCAUUCGGGUCUACAGGGGGAAGAAGAGCUUCGGCUUCACACUGCGGGGUCACGCACCCGUCUGCAUCGACUCCGUCAUCCCAGAUAGUCCUGCUGAGGAAUGUGGACUGAAACCAGGCGACCGUAUCCUCUUUCUCAAUGGACUGGACAUGAGGAACUGUUCCCAUGAGAAGGUGGUGUCCAUGCUGCAGGGCAGCGGGGCGAUGCCCACUCUGGUAGUGGAGGAGGGUCCGUCUGAGUACUCCUCAGACCAAACCGACCCAGAGGAAUCUCCAAGCCUGGCCCCCACCACGUUGCCACGCUCCAGGUCUCCAGCCCUCAGUUCUCUGCAGUGGGUGGCAGAGAUUCUUCCGCCGAGCAUCAAAGUCCACGGGCGGACCUUCAGCCAGCAGCUGGAACACCUGCUGACCAUCCAGGAGCGGUACACAGUCUGCAAGUCCCUGGAGACGUUCUUCCAGCACAGGAAUGUGGACACUCUGAUAGUAGACGUGUUUCCAGUGUUGGACACUCCUGCCAAACAGCUGAUCUGGCAGUUCAUCUACCAGCUACUGACCUACGACGAACAGGAGCGAUGCCAGGGCAAGCUGUCGCGCUUCCUGGGUUUCAAGAGCAGUGGCGUGUUAGAGCCUGACGCAGGUCUGGAGCACCACCGGCGGAGCAGCUCCAUGCGCGUGACGGGGACGUCGUACCGCAGCAUCGCGCGAGAGAGGAGCUCUGACGACUGCAUCAUCGGGACUCACCUGGGAAUGGGAAUUCAUGUGGAUGAAUCUGGGAGCCCGGAGGAGAGGCAGUCAGGAGAUGGAACCUCCUUCCCCGAGUCCCCUGACCUCAAUCAUAUGACAGGUGUGUACACGGAGCUGGAGAAUGUGUACGCAGGGAAGAGUGUGUCGCCACUGCAGGGUGUUUCCUCAGCAGAGCCCGAGGGGCCGGGACAGACUGAAGCCUACGGGCGCUCUCUCUCCCCCCUCACACUCCCCCCUCUCACAGGUAGCCGUAAAAGCGGCCUGUCCCUUUCCUGGAAGGAGCCUCUCCCCACUCCUGUGUAUGAGAUCCACCACCAGAGCAGCGUGGACUCUAACCCUUACGUCAGCCUGGAAAGCCCUCCGGCCUCCCCUCAGCACUCGGAUGGCGGUGCCAACACACUGAACCGCCGCAAGAAGCUGUUCACCUUCUCCCGCCCGCCUCGCAGCCGGGACACAGACAAGUUCCUGGACGCUCUGAGUGAGCAGCUGGGCCACCGGGUCACUCUGGUGGACGACUUCGUACCUGGGGAGAACGACUAUGAGGAGAUAUAUCAAGGUGGUUGUCAUGGUUUCAGAAGAAGAGGGGUGCCUAUGAGUUUCCAGGAGGAUCAGGACCUGGGCUUCAUGCCUCGGCAGCUUAGCAGUGGCAGCAGUGAGGAUCACAGCAGCAGCGACGAGGCCUCUUCUCCGUGCUACUCCUCAGGCUCUGAACCCAUCCCACCACCUCCCACUCAGAGCCCCCCUCCUCCCCCGCCUUUCCAGGCUCUAAUACCACCUCCUGUCCAGUUCACUGACCCCCUGCCGCCAGUCCGCUUCUCCCCUGAGCAUGUCCCGCGCAGCCGGAUGCCCUUCCAGCCGCACCACCCCAUCAUCCCUCCUCCCCCGCCCCCUCUCAGAACCCUCCUGUCCAGCCGCUCUCCUCUACACAAAGGGCUCCCCACCAGAGAAGAAGCAGAGAAAACUCACCACCGCUUCCAGGCCACCUCCACCCGCCUCUCGCACGGCCACACCACCCUGGGUUCCUCCACCCUACGCUCCUCCCAGCCAUCCCGCCCUAGCUACCUCCCCCGGCAGCUUAGCCAGCCCCAGCCUAUCCAGCAGCCGUCCCCGCAGCCGUCCCCUCAGCCGCUGAGACCGAGCCAGCUCGUCCUCCAGAGGCACCACCAGCUCCACCACCAACACAGCUACCAGGGCCCGCUGCCGCCAUCCCUCCAGGAUCACAGCCUGUCCCAGUGUCACAGCCAAGGCCCCGCCGGCUCCUCGCUGCUCUCCAAGCCUCCAGCUUCUCACUCCACCCUCCCCACUCACACUAAAACCUAUGAAACCCCACGGCAAGAGCACCAAUCUCAACAGGCACCGCCGCCGCCACCUCCACCCCUGCCCCCACCCUGCGACCCUCCUCCACUGCCCAAGCCGGGCCACCACGCCUCGGACACCAACCACAUGAGUGUGAAGAGGCUGCGUUGGGAGCAGGUGGAGAACUCCGAGGGAACCAUAUGGGGUCAGCUCGGGGAGGAUACAGACUAUGACAAGCUCACUGACAUGGUGAAGUUCAUGGACCUUGAUCUGCACUUUGGGACUCAACGGAGAUCCAAGCCCGCCUUCAUGCCAGAGAACUUUAAAAAGAAAGACGUGGUGGAGAUUCUGUCUCAUAAGAAAGCCUACAAUGCCUCCAUCCUCAUCGCCCAUCUGAAGCUCUCCACCAACGAGCUGCGUCAGGUCUUGAUGAACAUGACCACCGAUCGUCUGGAGCCCGCUCACAUCAAGCAGCUGCUGCUCUACGCUCCCGACGAUGACGAGGUCAAACAGUACGAGAAGUUUGAACAGGACCCGGCCAAACUGAGCGAGCCCGAUCAGUUCAUUUUCCAGAUGCUGAUGGUGCCAGAGUAUAAGACCCGUCUGCGGAGCCUCCACUUCAAGAUGACCCUGCAGGAGAGGACGGAGGAGAUGAAGGUUGCUUACGAUUACAUCUACAAGGCUUCAAUGGAGCUUAAGAGCAGCAAGAAACUGGCCAAAAUCCUGGAGUUUGUACUUGCAAUGGGGAAUUACCUGAACAAUGGUCAGCCCAAGAGCCACAGGACAACCAGCUUUAAGAUCAACUUCCUAACUGAGUUGAGCACAACCAAAACAGUGGACGGGAAAUCCACCUUUCUCCACAUUCUAGCCAAGUCCCUGUGCCAACACUUCCCUGAGUUGCUCAACUUUUCCAGAGACCUAACAACAGUGCCUCUGGCAGCCAAGGUCAACCAGAGGGCCAUAACAGCGGAGCUGAGUGACCUUCAAGCCACCAUUCAGGACAUCAGGACGGCCUGUCAGAAGAUCCCGCCCACCUCUGAGGACCACUUUGCCUCCGUCAUGAGUAGCUUUUUGGAGAACAGCCACCCUGCAAUCCAGUCUCUCGAGUCCCUGCAGACCCGAGUGAUGGAGGAGUUCUCUAAGGUGGCCUCCUACUUCGGAGAGGACAGCAAGUCCACAAAAACAGAGGCCUUCUUUGGCAUCUUUGCAGAUUUCAUCUCCAAGUUUGAGAGAGCUCUAAGUGAGACCCAGACUCCAGAAAACCCCAGAAGCCCCAGACUAUCUUCCCCUCUGGCCUGGUAGAAGCAAGAAAUGUAGGCAGAUGUCGGGCCAAACCAACAGGCCGGUCGUCUCCAUUUUCACUCUGCUCUCCACAACCAAAGUGCCAAGAUCACACACAGAGACACUCAAACCAACGGGAACAGAGAACACGUCAUCUAUAGCAAACAGAAUGGAAAUACACUGUAUUUAUCUGUAGAUAAUCACAACAGUUAAUGAGUGCCGUGUGCAGCAUUGCUGUUUCAGGUGCUGGCUAGAGCAGGAACAUUCAGGUGUCCAGAGGUCAACAGGAACUCACCACACACUGACAACUCAAACCAGUCUUUGCAUUAUUAACAUCUCUUUUAAAUACACAUCACUUAGUAAAUAUUAAAAGAUUCAUUAGAGAAACCAUCCAUAUAUAUUUGAUCAUCCAGUGCAUCUUGAUGCUGCAUUUAAAUGAGAUGUAAGUAAUGAAAACAACUGGUCUGAAUAUUUACAGAUUACUAGUUAUGUUUAAUAUAUGACUAUAUAAAGUUUAUAUUUUCUAUCAGAUCAUAUUUGAAAAUUUUAAAGAUUAAGCGUAGAUGUAGACUGACGACAGUUAUUCAGAAUCUAGGUGAUUCACAGAUGUAGUUUAGCUAGCGUGGACUAGGCUGGACUGCUCAGUGAUCAGACUGUUCAUACAGUGGUGCACUCACUGCCUCCCAUAUAGCAGGAUUUGAUUUAAAAAUAGAAGAUAUUAGAGUUUUUUUCAUCAUGAAUCCACUUUGCUGAUCUAGACUUACAGAUGUCAUUCUUAUCUAACCUAUUGUGAAUUUGAAGAGCAUCUAUUAUGGAAAUUAUAAUAAAAUAAAACAAGUAAUUGUCCUAAUCAACCCCCAGCUGUUCACUUCUGUCCUUUGCAGUACACUGCAUAUUACAUUUCUAAAGGUUAACCAUUUCUAUGGAAGCAAAACAAAGCCAUAAAGAUUUAUAUUUCUUAAACAACGGAAAGUUCUGUGAAUGUAGCCACCAGUGAAUUUUUAAUAUUAAAAGUGAAAUGGAAAUAUCUUGCAUUCCCCUCUUAGAAAAUUCUAGUUGGUAUCGCAAGUUGUGCAACUUCAAAAAGUGAAUUUUUUGAAAACUGUUUUCAAGUUGCUCAUAUUCAGCUAAUUAUUUUCAGAUCUAAAAAUUAAAGCUAGGUCAAAAAAUCAGGUUAAUUAAAUUAGAUUUAAAUUCAGAUACCUAAAUUAAAAAGUUCAGAUAAGCAUCUGAAG